UCCUUUGUGUUUAUGAGAAAUAUAUAUAAUCAAUCGGUCAUUCGAUAGAGUGUAAUGUCAUUACCGUCACAUCAUCAGCAAUUCAAAUGGUGCGAUACGGCGCUAAACUCAAGUAGGAAGGGGUUAAUACCGUCCAAAGAAAUUGUGCGCAUAUAUUCAAAGAGGACAUUCAGCGAUUUCAUUCAAUAUACCUUCAUCUUUCCUUCUUAGGGUUAAUCGCAGAGGAAACACGGGACACCAACCAUGGCGACAGAGACACCAUCCUUCACAGAGAUUCCAAUUCUGGAUUAUUCCCUCUCAACGUCCUCGACCACAAAGUCCCAAUUCCUGUCCGACCUUCGGAAUGCGCUCAUCGAUGUGGGGUUCUUCUAUCUGAUCAAUGCGCCCGUUGCACCCCAGACCCAGCGGGAUGUGGUGCAAAAAUGCAGGGAGAUCUUCGACCUGCCGCUCGAGAAGAAACUUGAGAUCGAAAUGGCCAACAGUAAACAUUUUCUAGGUUACUCUCGACUGGGAGCGGAGAUUACUGCGCGUGAACAGGAUUAUCGAGAGCAGUUUGAUUUCGCAACCGAGCUACCUGCUCCGGGGCCUGAGAAGCCACUCUUUUGGAACAUUCGAGGACCCAACCAGUGGCCCGACGAAAAUGCAAUCCCGGGAUUUCGCCAGGCCAUCGAGGCUUACUUGGCGGAAAUCAACCCACUGUCAGAUGCAUUUCGGCGAUUGAUUUCAGAGGCACUCGACCUGCCACCGACAGCAUUGGAUCCGUAUUUCGACGACCCCCAGCAGCUGAAGCUGAAGCUGAUCAAGUAUCCACCACCGCCGACUUCCUCGACCGACGCGCAAACCCAAGGUGUAGGCCCUCAUAAGGAUUCAGAGUUCCUUACGUUUCUCCUGCAGGCGACUCCUCACUCAGGCUUAGAAGUGCAGAAUAAAUCGGGCGACUGGGUUUCCGCGACACCGGUGGAGAACUCGCUCGUCGUGAAUAUCGGCCGCGCCUUGGAGGCCAUCACGGGCGGGGUGUGCACGGCGACCACCCAUCGGGUGAGUCUGGAGCCCCGGAAUUUUAUCGAUAAGACGGGCGCAUCGCUCGGCCCGCGGUUCUCCGUCCCUGUGUUCUUGGGGAUGGGCCUAGAUCUGUCCGCCGAAAAGAUUUCCCUGCAGAUACCGUCGCAUGUCAGGGAUCUGAUACAGGAUGAAAAGGUACGAUCGGAUGCAGAGGCCACGUUUAAUCGCAUAUUCAGUGGCCGGACGGGCGAAGGGACUCUGCUUCAUCGGGUGAUCAGCCAUCAGGAUGUGGGUCGUAGAUGGUAUCCGGAACUCUUGGAUUUUGCCCUGAAACAGUACGAGACAAAGUAGCGAAUAGAACGACGAAAGCACCGCACAAGAUAAAACAUCCAGUGUCUGACUUUAUUGAUACAACGUGCAAGUACCGGUACCCCGAGUAUCUCAUUCCGCAAACAGUGUUGCAGCUUGUCUACUGCAGCUGGG